UUACAAAAUAAAAUUAUUUUUUUUACCAAAUUUUUCAGAUGUUUAGUUUGAGUCCCGACAUGCUUCCAAAAUACCACCAUGAAGCCCCGAAGACGCCCUCUCACAUCAUUCUUCACUACUCGAUGCUAAAAACGAUGUGGGAUUGGUUCAUAUUAAUCCUCACGUUUUAUACGGCGCUAAUUGUGCCGUAUAACGUCGCGUUUUUAAUCAAAGAAUCGAACGACAAAAACCGCUCAGCAUUUUGGCUUCUUUCAGAUAGCGCUGUGGACGUGAUCUUUCUCUUUGACAUCGUGAUCAACUUCCACACAACAUAUGUAGGACCAGGAGGAGAGGUAAUAUCGGAUCCUAAAGUCAUCCGGAUGAAUUACAUCAAGAGUUGGUUCGUCAUCGAUCUUCUCUCCUGCCUCCCCUAUGACCUCAUCAACUUCAUGUUCUCGCAUCAGGGGUUUCCCGACGAGGGUAUAAGCAGUUUGUUCAGCAGUUUAAAAGUUGCUCGUCUGCUGCGCUUGGGAAGAGUUGCAAGAAAGUUAGAUCAUUAUAUUGAAUAUGGAGGAGCUAUGCUUGUGUUGCUGGUAUGUUUCUUUGGUCUCUCAGGGCACUGGUUAGCCUGCAUCUGGUAUACCAUCGGAAAUAGUUCUGUUAGUGACGGCAACGGAACAAUCGUGUCAAAUAAUUGGCUCGUUAUGUUGGGAGAAACGACGGGGAAGCCUUACUUUAUUGGAGAAAAUCAUUCUGUGUUUGGCGGUCCCACGCACAAGCAAGCAUAUAUCGCUGCAUUGUAUUUUACGAUGACAAGUUUAACGUCAGUUGGUUUUGGAAAUGUUGCUGGCAACACUGAAAAUGAACAGAUAUUCUGUGUAGUGAUGCUCAUUUUUGGAGCUUUGUUGUACGCUACAAUUUUCGGUAACGUGACAACUAUCAUACAGCAAAUGUACGCGGACACAAAUCGUUAUCAUGAUAUGCUUAACAGCGUGCGCGAGUUUUUGAAACUUUAUCAAAUACCAGAAGGUUUGAGUGACAGAAUCAUGGACUACAUUGUUUCUACUUGGUCUAUGAGCAAAGGAAUUGACACCCAAAAGGUGUUAAACUAUUGUCCCAAAGACAUGAAAGCAGACAUUUGCGUUCAUUUAAAUCGGAAAGUUUUCAACAAGCAUGCGGCGUUCAGACUGGCAAGCGACAGUUGUCUGCGAGCUUUAGCGAUUGAGUUUGUUACUACCCACAAUGCACCUGGGGAUAUGAUUUACCACAAAGGUGAAAGCGUUGAUGCGUUAAACUUCGUUAUCUCGGGGUCACUAGAGGUCAUACAAGAUGAUGAAGUUGUCGCAAUAUUAAGUAAAUUUUUGUUUGUUUAUUUUAAAAAUUUUCUCUUCCUCUUACAGUAUCUCUUCCGUAAACUGUCGGACAUCAAAAAAGAGAAAGAAGAAGCACUCGCUCGCAAGAAUGACCCCACUUGGGAGGGGAAUUUCCCCGACGAACACCCGGUUCGACAACUUUUCCGAAGAUUCAAGCAGCGAUACCGUGCUAAACAAGAGCGACAACAAGAAUUAAAAGCUGUCAAACAAGGUACAAGUCAACAAAAACCAGUCUCUCCCGGUGGGGACACGAAAACCGAAGGCGCGAAGUUAGAGCGCCCAGGCGAGGAACAAAGGAAGCUCUACGACUCGUCAAAGGGUGGCGCUGGAGAGGUGUAUAUGGUUAUAGAUACGGAAAAGAUAGUUUCGACAGUAGAUAAGUCGAAACGUGAACUCCAGGUCGGGGUGCAGAAACUAAGCGACCGUAUCACACAAAUAGAAGAGUCGCUAAUCAGGAUAACUGACCUUUUAGGAAAGAGGGAAUCUUCAAAUAAAAGCAACAACAACAACAACAGAGACAACUACAACAACAACAAUAACAAUAUUUUCGUGACAGAACCGAGCGAAACAACAUCAGCGCGCCCGCUUUUAAAAGUCGCUGAAAAGCCAAAGCGUUCUGUAUGUCUCGAUCUUAUAACACGGCCGUUGGUUCGGCACCGGCAAGCCAAGGCCGCCCCAUGCAGUGUCGUGUUCGUUAACGAAGCGAAUGAAAGUUAUCAACCGCCUACGUCAUAUCCUACUAACCUCCCGGGAGCUUCUAAUGACGUCAUUGUGGUCGAUUUGGAGAACGAAUGUGACUCGCACAGUUAAUGCGUUCGCUGCUUCCAGAACGAACCGGUCGCUGUGACGUAAGAACUUUAUAAGUGACGUCACGAAAUGCGACGGUAAGUGACAUCAGAAUCCGUGACGUCACUCACAUUUCUGACGCCACGUAUCGUCGCACAUAUUGUGAAUGAAGUUAUGGAAAAUAAGUGACGUCACGAAAUAUAAAUGACCUCACAAAAUAUAACGUCAUGAAAACAUGACAUGGCAAAUUAAUCAACUUUUGUCAAUGACGUAUCAAAACUAUUACAUGUAUGUGACGUCAUGAAACUUUCUUCUGUCGUGACGUCACUCUUUUUCAUUCUAGAAUAUUCUUGUUUCAUGCCAAAUCAUUUUUUCUUUACCGGCCGUUCACUGUGCACCGAGAUUCAGCUCAAACUCGCGAAUAAAUAUUACAAAUAAAAGUGA